UAUAGCCCUGGGCUAGUUGCAGUUGGUUAGUUUAGUCGGUUCAGUCAGAUGUUAUUAAUUCAAAAAUUUUAAUUAUAAAAUUACUUAUAAUUGUGCUUCUAAGUGUAAAUAUUUAUUGACACUACCAUAAACUUUAUUUGAUAAAAGCGAUUAAUUUAAAUAUUAUCAGUAACUUAUAAUUUUUACUUUCCAUCACAAUGUCAUACAACUACAUAUAAUAUUGCUUAUAACUUUCUUUGAUUUGGAAAAAAUCAUAUGUUCAAUAUCAACAAUGGAAGGGUCAUUAAGUAAAUGGACAAAUGUUGUCAAUGGAUGGCAAUAUCGUUGGUUUGUCCUUGAUGAUAAUGCUGGACUUUUGUCCUACUAUACGAGUAAAGAGAAAAUGAUGCGUGGCGCUCGUCGCGGUUGUGUCAGAUUACGAGGUGCAGUAAUUGGUAUUGAUGAUGAAGAUGACAGUACAUUUACUAUUACGACUUCUUCAUCAAAAGAUGAUCCAAAAACAUUUCAUUUCCAAACUCGAAAUAGUGAUGAACGUGAGCGUUGGGUUCGAGCUCUUGAAGAUACCAUUUUACGUCAUUCACAUACGCGAUGGGAUCCGAAGAGUUCAUUAUCAAAGCAUGAUUUUGACCGAAAAGUGGCUGAAGCUGAUGCAUUUUUACAAUUGCUUAUUGAUCAAAUAGCAUUAAUAGAAGGCAAGCUAAAUACUGAGAAUGAAAAAGACGACAAAGAGCAAAAAUAUGCUGCUAUUUUAGUCAACGCUAACGCUGUGCUUAAUUCUAUUAAACACACUAUUGUACAACUUCAAAUUGCAAAGAAUACUGCUAUUCCAGUUAAUGGUAUUUAUAAAGGACCUUCUAAUACUAAUGACACAUGUAUUUUCACAACUUCUACACAUGUUCCAGCAGGAGAACCAGAAUCAGUUGUACAAAUAGGCAUCGAAUUAGGUUCAGAAUGUCUUGAACCCAGAGCCUCGAAUCUUCCUAAUGCGCGUAAUCUGAUGGUUCCGGAUUUCUCAUAUUCGUCAUCGGAUGAAGAUGAAGAUUAUUAUGAUGCCACAGAAGAUAUUUCUACAAUGUCAUCGUCUCAACAUCAUCUCCAAAGUAGUGAUCAUGGCGCAAAAGCCAAUCUUCCAAUAUUACGGGAGACUUCCAGUCAUCAAGAUCCUCGUAGGCAACAAGGAAAUCCCCCGAUUAAAGUAGACGGAUCUCUAGACUACGAUGCUUUAUACGAAGAGGAAAGUGAACCAGAAAUGGAUUCAAUGGAGAGCCAUGGAUCAGUAGUAACUCAUCUUUUAUCACAAGUUAAAAUCGGAAUGGAUCUAACGAAAGUCGCUUUGCCCACAUUUAUCCUUGAACGUAGGUCACUUUUAGAAAUGUAUGCUGAUUAUUUUGCACAUCCAGAACAUUUCUUACGUAUUGCUGAUUUAUCAACUCCAAAAGAACGUAUGAUUCAAGUUGUACGAUGGUACUUAUGUAGUUUUCACGCUGGCCGUAAAUCUGGGGUUGCAAAAAAACCUUAUAAUCCUAUAUUAGGAGAAAUAUUCCGCUGUUACUGGGAUGUUGAGGAGGCCUCUAGUAAUUAUAAAAGUGACACUGCUAAACCAUCUGUAGAUGACAGUAUUAAUGAUGGACCAGUACCUUGGUGUCGAAAUGAUCAACUUUAUUUCAUUGCGGAGCAAGUAUCACAUCAUCCUCCUGUUAGUGCAUUUUAUGCGGAGCAUCGAGCUAAAAAAAUAUGUUUCAAUGCUCAUGUUUGGACGAAAAGUAGGUUUUUAGGUUUAAGUAUAGGGGUACACAAUAUCGGAAAAGGAUGGAUCAACUUACCGGAGCAUGGCGAGGAGUAUGUUUUGACUUUUCCAAAUGGUUACGGUAGAUCUAUUUUAACUGUACCUUGGAUCGAAUUGGGAGGUACAACAACUAUAACAUGUGCUCAAACUGGUUAUCAAGCUACUAUAGAGUUUCUGACAAAACCAUUUUAUGGUGGAAAACGUAAUCGCAUAGCUUGUCAAAUCACACAACCAGGAGAGAAAAAGCCUUUUCUCACGAUUAAUGGAGAGUGGAGUGGAAUCUUAGAAGCUAAAUAUAGUGAUGGUCAAACGGAUAUGUUCGCUGAUGUGACUCACAUUCCCGUUGUUAAAAAACUGGUAAAACCGAUUUGUGAACAAGAUGAUAAUGAAUCUCGUAAGGUGUGGAGAGAUGUAACUGUUGGCUUAAAAAUAAAUGACAUGGAUAAAGCAACUGCCGCUAAAUGUUUUAUUGAACAAAAACAGCGAGAUGAAGCCAGAAUCCGUAAAGAAUCAAAUUUACUGUGGGAAACUAAAUAUUUCAAAGAAACGAAAGAUGGAGGAUGGAUGUACAUCAAACCAUUAACGAAAUGAUGGAGAUCAACGUAUAAUUUGCUGUAAGAAUUAAAUUAUUUAGUGUUCAUAAUAUACCAAAAAUAAAGAGCCUAAAAUCGUUAUUAAAUCUGAUAAAUAUAAAAGAAUUAGUUUCCCAAUAAAUUUACCUACUAAACAAGUGUUGAAUUAUAGUUUUUUAAGUUAUAUAUAUAAACUCAAAAUUGGAAUAAAGGAAAACAAUUUCUUGAUAAUAAUGACUAGUCCAAUUAAAUGAAGCUUACAUUACACUAAGAAAAAAAAUGUAUAUUUUCAAGAAAAAAUACUUGAUCCAAGUAUUUUAGUUACC